GUAUUUAUCAUAUCAUAUUAAUCAUUGUUCUAUGAUAUGUCGUCAAAAGUGUUUUAAAAAUAAUUAAUGUCUAAUUUUUGCAAAUGUUAGUGUUUAAUUUUUGAAAUCUAAAAAGAAAAUAAAUUAUCAUUUUAAUAAAGAAAUAUGACUUCUAUUAAUGAAGUUAGUUCAAUACCUAAAACGAAAAAACCUUCGGACAGUGCAUUCAAACAGCAACGUUUACCUGCUUGGCAACCAAUACUUACUGCUGGAACUGUUUUACCAACAUUUUUUGUAAUUGGUAUUGCUUUUAUACCAGUUGGAGUUGGAUUACUUUAUUUUUCUGAUCAAGUUAAAGAAUAUAUUUUAGAUUAUACUGAUUGUAAUUCUACAAAUAUUAAUCAUACAAAAGGAAUGCCUGUUAAAUGUGCUGAUGUUAUAGCAGAAAAUCGUUCAAAUAUUUGUAAUUGUGAAUUAAACUUCACAUUGCCUUCUGACUUCAAUGGAAAAAUUUACAUGUAUUAUGGUUUAACUAAUUUUUAUCAAAAUCAUAGAAGAUAUGUAAAAUCAAGGGAUGAUAAUCAAUUAUUAGGAAAAUUAAGUGAAGUUGUCUCAGGAGAUUGUGAACCAUUUGCUUAUGAUGAAGGAAAAGCUAUUGUACCAUGUGGUGCUAUUGCUAAUUCAUUAUUUAGUGAUGAGUUAAAAUUAUAUUCUGUUAAACAUAAGACUAAUGUACCAUUGUUAGAAACUGGUAUAGCUUGGCCUUCAGAUAAAAAUAUAAAAUUUAAAAAUCCUGAAGGUGAUUUGAAAAAAGCAUUUGAGAAAUUUGCAAAACCAAGGAAUUGGAGUAAGCAUAUUUUUGAGUUAGAUAAAAAAAAUGAAGACAAUAAUGGUUUUCAAAAUGAAGAUUUAAUUGUUUGGAUGAGAACUGCUGCUUUGCCUACAUUUAGAAAACUAUAUCGCAGAGUAAACCAUACAGAAGGUGGUUUUGCUGGAGGUUUAGUAGCAGGAGAUUAUAUACUUACUGUUAAUUAUACAUAUCCUGUGUCUGCUUUUAAUGGUAGGAAAAGAAUGAUUUUAAGUACUACUUCUCUUCUUGGUGGAAAAAAUCCCUUUCUUGGUAUUGCUUAUAUAGUUGUAGGAUGUAUUUGUUUGUUAUUAGGCAUUAUAUUGUUAAUAAUACACAUCAAAUGUUCUAAAAGUGUAACAGAGAUGAUCAAUGUAACUUCAAAUACACCAUAUCAAGAAUAAUUAUGCAUAUUUAUCAUAAAAAUUGGAGAACAUUCUGGAUUUUUGCAUUUACUUUGUAAGUGUUAAUAUAAAAUAAUUUAAUAUAACUUAGAAAAUGUAUAGAUAAAAUUGAUAAAUAUAUUGAUAAAUAAUAAUAUGAUAAAU